CCUAUUGGUCCAAUUCUUUCCCUGCUGCCACAAUACUGCAGACACGUAACCAUCCUGUUUUAGUCAGUUUAAGCUUGCACUUACAAUACAAGGCUUUAACAUUUGCUAUCUACAUAAGCACACUUUUAAUGUCAUAUUGACAAAACCUUUGCUCGCCGAUUCGAAUCGCUGGAAGUGGACCAUGGCGGCUGCCACGAGCAGCAAUACAUCCACAACCACGCUUCAGAUAAAGCAUUCCAGUAUCGAGCAUACGCGGAAACGCAUAGACCCUCGGAGGAGACAAGCCGCACUCUCUUUUCUCAGUAACAUUUCUUUGGAUGGUCGACCGGUGCAAGAUGAUGCCGACAAUCAGAUCGAAGAGGAUAAUUCAAUUGAGUCGAGGACUAGACAGAGCCUGGUUUCUGCAGCAGAGCGUCCUCUGUACGCGGCUGGCAGUGGCACAGGGGUAGCGACCCCCACGGCCACCCAGGCGCUCGCUAUUGCAAACCAGGCUCUGAUUGCUAACGCACGAGAUAGUUUUGGGAUUGGUCCCGCCGCUGCAACUCAAGCGUGUACAGAUCCGGAAGGGGAUGCUUUCGGCCCUUCGAUUUUCAGUUCGCCUUUCUCUGCAGUACCAGCCGCGAUUAGAGGCAGGCUUCAGACCUACACUCAGGGAGUUGUGCCUGCUGCCUACUCCAGGCAGGCUUCCCAAGGCUUCUGUUUGGAGGGAGGACAGAUAGCCAACUCUGUCCUGGAGCUGCAGAGAUCAAGACGGAGGCUCAUCUCUCAGCGAUCCUCCUUGGAGACACUGGAAGACAUUGAGGAGAACGCCCCUCUACGCAGAUGCAGAACCCUCUCAGGUUCACCCCGACCAAAGAGCUUCAAAAAGGUCCACUUCAUCAAGAACAUGAGGCAACAUGAUAUGCGCAAUGGAAGGAUAGUCCUAAUCAGUGGCAGAAGAUCCUUGUAUAGUGUAUUUUCUGUCCUGCCCUAUCGAGAUUGUAGCCAAGCAGGGGAUGUGAAACUGGAAAGCGGGCGGCAGCGUCACCCCUCGGGCGGGGUCAGUGCCAAGGAGAUGGUGAUCGGGCUGGAGGGAGUGGAGCUGGGGGCCUAUGGAAAGACUGUUUCAUACACUCAGUUCCUGUACCCCACCAACGCCCUGGGCAGCGGACGCAGGAACACCAUCGACUCCACUUCAUCCAUCGCUCAGUCUCGUAACGCCAGCCACCGCAGCCUCAGCUUGGGCCGGGCCAACAGCAAUCAGAGCAGCAUCGACACAGGGAAUGAUCUGGGGGACUUGAUCCGGGAGUAUGACCCCAAUCUGUUGGACGAUCCCCAGUGGCCGUGUGGGAAGCACAAGAGAGUCCUCAUCUUCCCCUCCUACAUGACUACAGUCAUAGAGUACGUCAAGCCUUCUGACCUCAAGAAGGACAUGAAUGAGACGUUCAAGGAGAAGUUCCCCCACAUACGGCUGACCCUCAGCAAAAUCAGGAGGUGGGGACUCUGAAGAGAGAUCCGUAAAUUGGCCCAGGAAGAGUGUGGCUAUGAGGAACCCACCGUAGCCAUGGCCUUCGUCUACUUCGAGAAGCUGGUCCUCCAGGGGAAACUCAACAAGCAGAACCGCAAACUCUGCGCCGGUGCUUGCGUCCUGCUCGCUGCCAAGAUUGGCGGAGACCUCAAGAAGCACGAGGUCAAGCAGCUCAUAGACAAACUGGAGGAGAGGUUUCGUGUGAACAGGAGAGAGCUGAUAGCCUUUGAGUUCCCUGUGCUUGUAGCCCUGGAGUUCAACCUGUACCUGCCUGAGCACGAGGUCAUGCCCCACUACAGACGCCUCGUCCAGACCUCCUAGCAUUAGUGACCCGUCAGGAGGAGCACCUAGAACAUGCCCUUCUGAUCCAGGACCAGAAUCUACACCACACCCUCCUCCCCACCCCACCACUGGGUGCCAUGACCUUGUCUCGUCUCUGCAGCCUGGGGAUCCAUUAUGGACCAUGAUGUGGGAGCUCCACUACACUCUACUGCAGUCCACAUUCAUAUGUUCAUUUUCAGAUCAAGACUUGAAAGCAGCCAAAGUGACACGUAUUUCCAUACGCAUAUUCUUACUUCAACUUCGACUUUUACUCCUACAUUCGAGACUAGUUACAUCUUCAAAAUACUUACACUAUCAUUCAAAAGUUUGGGGUCACUUAGAAAUGUCCCUGUUUCUGAAAGAAAAGCACAUUUUUUGGUCCAUUAAAAUAACAUCAAAUUGAUCAGAAAUACA